AUGGCGGUCUCCCGACUCUUUCCCCUCGCUUUGGCGUUUAGCGUGGCUUUGAUCAUUGCUGUUUCGACAGUUUACACUUUCAUCAAUGGGUACAGCGAAGACUUUAGUUUGGUGUUUAAAUUCAAGCGAAACCAAGAACCGUCCGUUAGACAAUCAACUCUUGACAAGGGAAUGCCAUUCCCGCAUAACAACAUUCGCCUACCAAAACAAGUUCUUCCACUAUCCUACCGCAUUUAUAUCCAUCCAAAUUUAACAACGUUCAAGUUUACAGGCACAGUUAACAUCUUACUUCGAUGCUUUCAACCAACGAAGAACUUAAUAUUACACAUGCGCGAUCUCAGCGUUGGAGAAAUACAACUCACAGAUUCAAAACAAAAACGUUUAACGAUUGUAAGACGAAUGCAGCACAAGGAAAAUCAACAAUAUUUGAUUGCCACAAAUGAGGAGCUCAAAGAAAAAGAAAGAUAUUCACUUAAUAUGGAAUUCAGUGGAGUUCUAUCUAAAAACAUGGAGGGAUUUUAUCGAAGUAGCUACAAGACGAAAAGCGGACAAGUCAGAUACCUAGCCACAACUCAGUUCGAGGCUACAAACGCUCGCUCGGCAUUUCCAUGUUUCGACGAGCCCGCAUUUAAAGCGGUUUUCCACAUCACUGUAGCACAUGACGAUAAUCACAAAGCGCUGUCCAACAUGCCUCUAGAGUCGAGUGACAGAAGACAUGAUGGUCUUGUGGAGAGCCGUUUCAGUGCAAGCGUUCCUAUGCCAACGUAUCUGGUGGCGUUUAUCGUGUGUGACUUUGAGUAUAGAAAGUCAAAAACUAAGAGUGACAGAAAGAUAAGAGUGUGGUCUAAGCCUGAUGCUAUACACAGUGUGGACUUUGCUCUCGAUGUUGCCAAGCGCACGUUGGAAUAUUACGAAGAUUUCUUCAAGGUUCCGUAUCCACUUCCUAAGUUAGAUCUCAUAGCAAUUCCAGAUAUGGGUGGUGCUAUGGAAAACUGGGGACUAGUUACAUUUCGUGAAUCUGCUGUACUGUUUGAUCCGAGCACCGGAAGCGUGGCUGAUAAGAAACUGGUUACCAUGAUUGUGAAUCAUGAACUUGCGCACCAGUGGUUUGGCAACUUAGUGACAAUGAAAUGGUGGAAUGACUUGUGGUUGAAUGAAGGAUUCGCUGUCUACAUGGAAUAUCUUGCCACUGAUAACUAUAACAAUCAAUGGAAAAGGGAAGACCAAUUCAUACUGGAUACGUCGAGAGAAGCUCUUGAUGUAGACAGCUCAAUGUAUACUCAUCCUGUGUCUGUUAAAGUUCACAAUCCAGCAGAAAUAAACGAAAUCGUGGAUAAAAUAACAUACCACAAGAGUUCAGCCCUCAUUAGAAUGAUGCAAAACUUCCUCGGAGUAGAAACUUUUAGAAGAGGAAUUCAGAUUUACCUAAAGGAUCACCAAUUUUCAAAUGCCAAGGCGUUGGAUCUUUGGAAAGCGAUGAGUUUGGCCACUGAAAAUCAUUUAGAUGUUGCAACAGUAAUGGCUCCAUGGGUGAGCCAAAAAGGAUUUCCUGUUAUAUCUAUAAUCAGCGACAACACUCAGAAAAAAGAUGGCCGCUUGUCGUACACAGCGAGUCAGAAAAGAUUCUUCCGAGAUUUUACUUCGCAACAUUUAAAAGAUGGACAUACGGAAACACCUGGAUGGUUCAUUCCGCUGACAUAUAUUACCAGGGAUUCACAUGAUAGUAUCAAUACAGUUUGGAUGAACAAGACUUCAGUUACAUUUCAGCUAUUCUUCAGCGAGUCUGGUUGGUUUAAGGCAAACGUAGGACAAACAGGCUUUUAUCGAGUCAACUAUGACAAGGAAAACUGGGAAAGACUGAGUCAGCAACUACUUCACAAUCACACGGUACUAAGUCCAUCAGACAGGAGUGGUUUGAUAGACGAUGCACUGAGUUUAGCGAGAACGGGCGUGCUAGAGUACAAAAUUGCAUUGCAAAUGAUUGAGUAUAUAAACCACGAACUUGAGUAUGUACCAUGGGCAGUCACUCUGCGAUCAAUGGCUUACAUUGGAAACAUGCUGAGCUCAAGAGCUUCCUACAAGCUGUACCAGCAAUUUAUCGUGGAGAAAAUAAAGCAUUUGGGAAUGAUCCUUGGAUGGAAGGAUACGGGAGAACUAAUUGACAAAUCUCUUCGUGAUCUGACCCUCUCUACUCUGUGUUCACACGGUAACACAGAGUGCGUGAACAAGUCCAAAAAGUUGUUCAACGACUGGUCAAAGGUCAAUGGAAGCAAACCCAUUAUGCCACACCUUAGGAAGAUUAUUUACUACACAGCUGUUAAAUACGGCGGCCAAAUUGAGUGGGAAAUUCUAUGGAGAAAAUACAAGGAAUGCAAAAAUGCAGCAGAGAGAGAAAAGAUCAUCUCGGCUUUAGGUGCUACACGGGAUAAAAACGUUUUGAAAAGAUUAUUAAAGAAAGUUUUGAUGAGCAGUGCCGAGGUCCGCCCCCAAGACUUCAUUCAAAUUAUUGGGACUGUAGCGAGUAACCCUGAUGGACGACGGCUGGCUUGGAAAUUUUUUGACAAGAACUUCAAAAAAAUAGUUAAAAGGUUUGGUAAUGAAUCAAGAACAGUAGCAUUUCUCUUAGAAAAAACAACAGAAAAUCUCAACACACGAAAAGACCUUAGAAAGGUCAAAGAUUUCUUUGAGGAACAUCAAAGAAUGCGCCUAAUUCAGUUAUCCAGUAAGAAAAUUCUAGAGACAAUCGAAACAAACAUUCACUGGAUGUACACUAAAAUCCAGAAGGUGGAAAGGUGGCUCAUGGAUCGACAAAAUAAGAAUUAA